GGGCCGCUCAGGCCCCCGCCCGCUUCAUGUGGCCCGGCCCGCGGCGGCCGGUGGCUGGGAGCGGCGAGGCCCAGGCAGCAGCGGACGGGGUGCGGCGGGAGCAGGCCUGGCCCGGCCCUCGCGCGGUCGCCCGGCUGCAGCAUGCGCGUCCGCCGGGGGCUGCUGCGGCUGCCGCGCCGCUCGCUUAUCGCCGCGCUCUUCUUCUUCUCACUCUCGUCCUCGCUGCUCUACUUCGUCUAUGUAGCGCCCGGCAUAGUGAACACCUACCUCUUCAUGAUGCAAGCUCAAGGCAUUCUCAUCCGGGACAACAUGAGAACAAUAGGCGCUCAGGUUUAUGAGCAGGUGGUUCGGAGUGCUUAUGCCAAGAGGAACAGCAGUGUAAAUGACUCAGAUUAUCCCCUUGACUUGAACCACAGUGAAACUUUCCUACAAACCACAACAUUUCUUCCUGAAGACUUCACCUACUUUGCAAACCAUACCUGUCCUGAAAGGCUCCCUUCUAUGAAGGGCCCAAUAGAUAUAAAUAUGAGUGAAAUUGGAAUGGAUGUCAUUCAUGAAAUCUUCUCCAGAGACCCAGCUAUCAAGCUUGGAGGCCACUGGAAGCCUUCUGACUGUGUGCCUCGAUGGAAGGUGGCAAUCCUUAUUCCAUUCCGGAACCGCCACGAGCACCUCCCAGUCCUGCUUAGGCACCUGAUUCCCAUGCUUCAGCGACAGCGCCUGCGGUUUGCAUUUUAUGUGGUUGAACAAGUUGGUACCCAACCCUUUAAUCGAGCCAUGCUUUUCAAUGUCGGUUUUCAAGAAGCAAUGAAGGACUUGGAUUGGGACUGUCUUAUUUUUCAUGAUGUGGAUCAUAUACCAGAGAGUGAUCGUAACUAUUAUGGUUGUGGACAGAUGCCAAGGCACUUUGCAACUAAAUUGGAUAAGUAUAUGUAUCUACUUCCUUAUACUGAGUUCUUUGGUGGAGUGAGUGGCUUAACAGUGGAACAGUUCCGGAAAAUCAAUGGCUUUCCAAAUGCUUUCUGGGGUUGGGGCGGAGAAGAUGACGAUCUGUGGAACAGAGUGCAGAAUGCAGGUUAUUCUGUGAGCCGGCCAGAAGGCGACACAGGGAAGUAUAAGUCCAUUCCUCAUCACCAUCGAGGAGAAGUCCAGUUUCUUGGAAGGUAUGCUCUGCUAAGGAAGUCCAAAGAACGGCAAGGGCUGGAUGGCCUCAACAACUUGAACUACUUUGCAAACAUCACAUAUGACGCCUUGUAUAAAAAUAUUACUGUCAACUUGACACCCGAGCUGGCUCAGGUGACUGAGUACUGAGAUAAGAAGAGAGCAUAUGUUUGUUUUACCCACCACCACCAGAAAGUAACCUGAUGAAAUGUCUCAGGGGCUCUUCCCAGGAAGACAGCAGAAAUACAGCCUAACGAAGGAUCACAGGGUUCAAGGAUAAAAAUGUGAACAGAGAACACGUACAACACACCUUCAGUGCUGGGACCCACUGGGAUUAAUGGAGUCAACUCGGGAACUUCCUUCAUCAGGACUGGCUUUCUAGUCUCACAAGAUGGACAUCUGUCCUGCUGCUCUUCUCCCCCGUCUCUUACCACACUGUUCGAUCCUAGCCACAACAUCUGGAACUGGAACUGGUGGUCUACCAAGAUACAACCCAAAAGCCUGUUUCCAGGAAGAGCCUUCAGAGCAAAGAGGCAGACCCACCACAGGGCAGCUGUGUUUUAGGAAGAGCAAACGAAACUCCACACACCAUACUUCAUCUUGGUGUUCCCUUUGGUUUCUUCUUUCUUUCUUUUCUUUCUUUCGUUCUUUCUUUUUUAGAAAAAAAAAAAACAAAAACAGUUACCUGAGUGGGAGUUUGGGGGCGGAGGGAGGGAUGAGGGAAGACAAAUAGACAUAUAACAAUCACUUCUUGAAGAAGUAUAAUUGUAAAUAAGCCAUGUAAAAUGCCUUUUUUUUAAAUUUAAUUUUCUAGCUGGCUCCAAUUCAAACAGGAUUUGUACAUUCGCUCACUACUUUUGGUUAGCAAAUGCAGGGACUUAGUUGAAUUUAACGGAAGGAUAUCAUCUUCAAAACAACUGUCAGUUUGGAAGGGACUGGAUAUAGAGGGCACAUUGGAAAAAGAACAAAAUGGGCCAAUCGUUAUAUCCCUGGUUGCUAACUGUUCUGCCUCCACCCACCCACACACACCCCUUUCCAAAACUCCAAAAGUCUUUCUUGACUUUUUCUCUGUAUCCUCCCUUCCCUGUUGGGCACAGCCACUGUCACCCCCAGACUCCGGCUCCAGGGAAGCUGCUGUUGUAGAGCACACUGUUCUACCUACUCAGAGCAAACCCUUUAGGAUGGCUCGUUGUGCACAUGCCCCCAGGUCUCUCUCUUUUUUUUAUCGUGUCAUCACCACAGAGGGUAGCUGUUGGUUUCCCUUUCUUUUCUCUCCCUUUCUCCCCACCCCCAUGCCCUUCUUUCCCUAUUUCUUUGUACUCUUGUGGAGCUUGGCCCCACUUUCUGAAGUCUGGGGUCUCCAUUACCGACUAGCUUCAGUGAUUCCUCUGAAUGCUUUUUUGUUUCUGGAAGCUUCUUUGUCAGCAUUAUUUAUAGUCUGUAGGACUAACGAGCAAUCAAACUAUGAAGAAUUUAACUAGGGAGCCGGUGACAUUUUUGUGUACUCCGGGUCAGCUGAGAACCAGGUGACACCAGACUAGUUGAAAUUGGACUAAUGAGUGCCAGUUUGUAAGAGCCCAAGCGCUCUGUUCACACCCCCAUGUGCUUUUUUGAAAUCAGAUUCUAAAUUGCAUUUGAAAUUAUGCCUCUGCCUUUCCCUGAGCCAAAUCCCUCAAUUCAUAGCCCCUCUUGGCUUCUACAGAAUUUUGAAAAAAAAGAUGCCAGUUUUCCCCCCUCCUUUUCCAUAGAAACAUAUUUAUAUAUAUCAUGAUCAGGAGUACUCUCUGAAGAGUACUCCUUUUUUUAGUUGCCUUUUUGCCUUCAAAUUCCUUAAUUUUCAUGGUUUACAUGGAUGUGUGUGCAGGGGAUAUAUUUGUGUGUGUGUGUGUGUGCGUGUGCACGCGCGCAUGCGUGUAUGUGUGUGUGUGUGUGUGUGUGUUUCCCCUGUAAUAUGAGUUGGUUCCAUGGACAUAUGAUCCCCACAGACUGUGGGAGUGAUUGGCCAGGCCUUCUUUCUUGUUCAUGCUUUUGUUCUUUUUGAAGACUAGAGUGGUAUUUAGAAAAUAAAUUGCAUUGCAAUGCUCUUAUCAGCUCAUAUGAGAGAGCAGGCUCCUGCCCUUGAAAAUGCUGGUAAGUUGUAUCAUAUGUUUUAAAAAGAACUUGGAGCAUAUCAUGCUUUGAAGUACCUUCAUGAGGGAAUAUCACACAGAGAAGUUCAUUGGUUCUCCUUUGAUGUAUGGUGCAUAUAGCAAUAAAGACUCCCCCUGCCCUGCCCUCCCCUGCACCCAGGCUUCUGCUGGCCUUGGGCUCUUCUCCCUCUUUUCGUUCUUCUCUCUGGUCGCUGAAAGCUGAGAGUGGCAUUCAGUGUGAUAAAGCUAUGAUGCCGUUUGGAAGAAUUUAUCAGGUCAGGUGGAUUCUGGCUAAGGACGGUGUGUAUACAUGGCAGUGUUGGCGGGGGGGGGGGGGAUCUUUUUGAAGUUUUUCAUUAACAUACUUAUCAAGAAAAAAAAAGUUGGCAAAAGGCUAACACCUGAUUUUACUUUUUAAUGCUGAUUUGAGGACGAAAGCAAAGGUUUCUUCACUGCUUAAGGAAAUAGGGCCACUUCAAUUAUUUUGCAACCAUGUGUAAGCAUUUAUUUUAAUGUGAAAUCUCUUAAUGUGCACUGUUAGUCAUAUAUUGGCUGAGUUCAGUGUUGUAUGGGAAAUGUAAAUGUUCAAAUGUCCAAAAAAUUUUCAGCCAGGCCCAUGUGCUCUUAUUAGCAUGAAAUUCUCUUGGUGUUUUUUUUUUUUUUUUCUCUUAAAUAAGAACCAAAUGUGACCUUGUGCAUAUUUUGGCAGCUGAAAUUCCCUAAGGCUACUGAUGGUUGACCCCUUAAAUCAAUCUUGACUUUGAUUGCUGGGUGUUGGGAAAGUUGUCUCCUUCGUGCUGUUGUUUGGGAGGGGGGUUAUUUGCAGAAAUACUGAUGUUGACAGCACAGGGACUCUGGAGUUCCUCUGUCACAGAUAUUAGCAGCUGGGCAGUAGCCACCUUCUUGAUCGUAGCCACUUACCAUUGAUGACGGCAUUGAACACAGCUAGCUUAUUUCCAUCACUACAUUUUUUUUGUUGUUUUGUUUGAGCUUGCCCAUGAUUUAAGAGGUGCCAGGGGUAACAUUUUUGCACUGAAAUCUAAAAAUGUUUUAAAAGACACUUUUCACAAGAAGAAAAAUAGUCCUUUGUCAUUACAUUAUUUACUCAUGUGUUUGUACAUUUUUGUAUGUUAAUUUAUGAAUGAUUUUUUCAGUAAAAAAAAAAAAAUACAUAUUCAAGAACCAAA